AGCAACCAGGCUGCAAUAAUUUCCCUUUGAUGACAUCAUCCACUGUGGAAGAACCCAGUUGCUUCAGUGAGUGGAACUGUACAGUUCUAAUCCUCAUCAAAUAUGGCAUCUCCCUUGCCUGCUGCAGCAGGGGUGGGAAAAAUGCCACUGUCUUUUUAAGCUAGCAAGCUUUUCUUUUUCUUUCUCUUUUUUUUCCUCUACUUUUUAAAAAUUCUAAUCAUGGAUGCUUCUUCUGAUCCCUAUUUGCCAUAUGACGGGGGAGGAGACAAUAUUCCCCUGAGGGAAUUACAUAAAAGAGGAACUCAUUACACAAUGACAAACGGAGGCAGCAUUAAUAGCUCUACACACUUACUGGACCUUUUGGACGAACCCAUUCCAGGUGUGGGUACAUAUGAUGAUUUCCAUACUAUUGACUGGGUGCGUGAGAAAUGUAAAGACAGAGAAAGGCACAGACGGAUCAACAGCAAAAAGAAAGAAUCAGCAUGGGAAAUGACAAAAAGCUUAUAUGAUGCGUGGUCAGGAUGGCUAGUAGUAACACUCACGGGAUUGGCAUCAGGGGCAUUGGCUGGAUUAAUAGACAUUGCUGCUGAUUGGAUGACUGACCUGAAGGAGGGCAUUUGCCUUAGUGCAUUGUGGUACAACCAUGAACAGUGUUGUUGGGGAUCUAAUGAAACAACAUUUGAAGAAAGGGAUAAAUGUCCACAGUGGAAAACAUGGGCAGAAUUAAUCAUAGGUCAAGAGGAGGGUCCUGGCUCUUACAUCAUGAACUACAUAAUGUACAUCUUCUGGGCCUUGAGUUUUGCCUUUCUUGCAGUAUCCCUGGUAAAGGUAUUUGCUCCAUAUGCUUGUGGCUCUGGAAUUCCAGAGAUUAAAACUAUUUUGAGUGGAUUCAUCAUCAGAGGUUACUUGGGAAAAUGGACUUUGAUGAUCAAAACCAUCACUUUAGUACUGGCUGUGGCAUCGGGUUUGAGUUUAGGAAAAGAAGGUCCCUUGGUACAUGUUGCCUGUUGCUGUGGAAAUAUCUUUUCCUACCUCUUUCCAAAGUAUAGCACAAACGAAGCUAAAAAAAGGGAGGUGCUAUCAGCUGCGUCAGCUGCAGGUGUUUCUGUAGCUUUUGGUGCCCCGAUUGGAGGAGUUCUUUUUAGUUUGGAGGAGGUUAGCUAUUAUUUUCCUCUCAAAACUCUGUGGAGAUCAUUUUUUGCUGCUUUAGUGGCUGCAUUUGUUUUGAGAUCCAUCAAUCCAUUUGGUAACAGCCGUCUGGUCCUUUUUUAUGUGGAGUAUCAUACGCCAUGGUACCUUUUUGAACUGUUUCCUUUUAUUCUCCUAGGGGUGUUUGGAGGGCUUUGGGGAGCUUUUUUCAUUAGAGCAAAUAUUGCCUGGUGUCGUCGACGCAAAUCCACCAAAUUUGGAAAGUAUCCUGUUCUUGAAGUCAUUAUUGUUGCAGCCAUUACUGCUGUGAUAGCCUUCCCUAAUCCAUACACUAGGCUCAACACCAGUGAACUGAUUAAAGAGCUUUUUACAGAUUGUGGUCCCCUGGAAUCCUCUUCUCUUUGUGACUACAGAAAUGACAUGAAUGCCAGUAAAAUUGUCGAUGAUAUUCCUGAUCGUCCAGCAGGCAUUGGAGUAUAUUCAGCUAUAUGGCAAUUAUGCUUAGCACUCAUAUUUAAAAUCAUAAUGACAGUCUUCACUUUUGGUAUCAAGGUUCCAUCAGGCUUAUUCAUACCCAGCAUGGCCAUUGGCGCAAUUGCAGGAAGGAUCGUGGGAAUUGCAGUGGAACAGCUUGCCUAUUAUCAUCACGACUGGUUUAUCUUCAAGGAAUGGUGCGAGGUUGGGGCUGACUGCAUUACACCAGGCCUUUAUGCCAUGGUUGGUGCUGCUGCAUGCUUAGGUGGUGUGACAAGAAUGACUGUCUCCCUGGUGGUUAUUGUUUUUGAGCUUACUGGAGGCUUGGAAUAUAUUGUUCCUCUUAUGGCAGCAGUAAUGACCAGUAAAUGGGUUGGAGAUGCCUUUGGUCGGGAAGGCAUUUAUGAAGCACAUAUUCGAUUAAAUGGAUACCCUUUCUUGGAUGCAAAAGAAGAAUUCACUCAUACUACCCUGGCUGCUGAUGUCAUGAGACCUCGAAGAAACGAUCCUCCCUUGGCUGUCCUGACGCAGGACAAUAUGACAGUGGAUGAUAUAGAAAACAUGAUUAAUGAAACCAGCUACAAUGGCUUUCCUGUCAUAAUGUCAAAAGAAUCUCAGAGAUUAGUGGGAUUUGCUCUUAGAAGAGACCUGACAAUUGCAAUAGAGAGUGCCAGAAAAAAGCAAGAAGGUAUUGUUGGAAGUUCUCGGGUGUGUUUUGCACAACACACCCCUUCUCUUCCGGCAGAGAGUCCUCGACCUCUGAAACUUCGAAGCAUCCUUGACAUGAGUCCUUUCACAGUGACGGACCACACCCCGAUGGAGAUUGUGGUGGACAUCUUCCGAAAGCUGGGUUUGAGGCAGUGCCUUGUAACUCACAACGGGAUUGUCUUGGGGAUCAUCACAAAGAAGAACAUUUUAGAGCAUCUCGAGCAACUAAAGCAGCACGUGGAGCCCUUGGCGCCUCCUUGGCAUUAUAACAAAAAAAGAUAUCCUCCGUCAUAUGGCCCAGACGGCAAACCAAGACCCCGCUUCAAUAAUGUUCAACUGAAUCCUGUAGAUGAGGAGAGAGAGGAAAUGGAAGAGGAAGUUCAUUUGUUGAAUAGCACAACUCUUUAACCCGAGGGAGUCAUCUGCUUUUUUUCUUCUUAAGAAACAAGAAAAGGAAAUAUAAAAGCCAAGCAGUUGCAACGUGGUUUGCAAAUAAUGCUGGUGAAGUGUAGAAAUUGGGGAGAGAAAGGAAAUAGAGAAUAGGAGUAAGGUAUUCUCCUGUCUAUCCAAGAGCAGCAAGUCAGCUCCUGUUGUUCUGCGCUGGAUGAGUUCACAGAGGAUGUACUGUGAUGGCGCAGGCCUGAGCCCCAGCGGAGAUGACACCGGAGUCCUCAAGCACCUGGCCUGUUACUCCAACAUCUCAAAGACGUGUUACCAGUCCCUAUUUCUGGAGGGAUUACUCUGAAUUGAGCCAUCUCUAAGACUGCAAGGUCUUGCCGUUUUUUAUCAGAACUGUUCUGUUUAAUUCAUGAAUUGAAUAGUUAAGCAUUACCUUUCUACAUUCCAGAAGAGCUUUUCUUUCUCUCUCUCUCUUUCUCUCCCCUCCGCCCUCCUAAGUUGUAUCAAAGCCUCUUUAAAUUGGUGUACCCUUUUGAAGCAGUCCUUUCUCAUAUUGAGAUGUACUGUGAUUUUACUGAGGUUUCAUCACAAGAAGGGAGUGUUUCUUGUGCCAUUAACCAUGUAGUUUAUAGCAUCACUAAAGGCUUGGAACAGGGCGCACACACCACAUCAAAGGCUGGCCAAACUGGUAAAAUCUUAAAUGAAGUGUGAACGAAAUCUCCCAGCUUGUGUGCUGUGUGGCUCAGAAUCAAAAACAAAGAAACUUGACUUGAAAAAGAUAAACAGUUUUAUUUUUUUUUUCUUCUGAGACUUAAGAAUAAUGUGACCUGGUCUUAUGCAAAUUUUCUAUUUCUGAAACUACUGCUAUGAUAUAUAAGUGCUGUUCAGCAUAAUUAAACAAAAUGCUGCUGCUUUGACAGUAAAGAGAAGGAAGUAUUCUGUUUAGCUGUUUCUGGUAUUAAUUGCAUGUUAAAACACUGGAAUUUUUUUUUCUUGAAAUUAGAUCAGUCAUUUUCUUCCCUCAUUUCAUUGCUGACACUGAAGAUGAAAUGUAAUUCAUAAC